AAAUUAAUGGCUGACAAUUUUGUGAAAGAGUGUCGUAAAGAUAUCUUUGAUAUCAUUUAUGUUCAUCGUUAACUCAUACUAAUAUGGAUGGUUUACUCCUUAUUUAUCAGAAGCUGCUCAUACAACGUAUAAAUGGUCUAAUGAGGGUCUGGACGAAUGAAAUAGUUGUCUCAUUCUAAAUGGAAUUGAAAGAGAUAUUUUACAGUAAUCUGUUGCUGUUGGGUUUUAAUGUUGAAUCUCUUGAGUCGAAACAUGGGAUACCAUUAAAUAGUGAUAUGUUCUUGUAUCCGAACAAGAAGGCUAUGGAAAUUGUUUUCCACUUUCUGUUUUGCAGAUUGGAUACAGCUCUAGCUUUGCAAGAAUUUAGAGAUUGCUGGCCUGUUGUAAAUAAGAAAGCUGAGCAAGAAUUUCGCAGAUCAUGUAAAUCUUGGUUAACACGAAUUGCAAAGGAAGAGCCCGAGUCCAACCUGCCAGUGAUAGGGGCUACGUUGUUUUUAUCUCCUGGAGGAAAACGAUUUUAUGAAGUGGUGUUUUAUUUCUCGUGUCAUGUGUUGAAAAAAGCUCUUUGUGAACUUUGCCAUGGGAAAGAAAGUGUGGGUCCUUGUCUCUCCAAAAAAUUUCCAAGAAUGCCAAAUAUUACCAAUAUUUCUUAUAAAGCAGUUCUUGCAAAUAUAUUGGCUGAAAGGCAAAGGUUUUUUGACAAUGUGCAAUACAAUGUUGAAAUACAGAAGCAUUGGAAAUCUCAUGCUGAAUCAACUACCAGAGAACAUAGAAAAUUAUGCAAAGAAAUAAGAGCUUUUGAGAAAAAGCUGAAUCCUCAUGGUAGCAAUCCAUAUUCCUUGGAUAGAAAAUCCAACUCUGUUGAUGUAGUUGCACUACAACAAAGUAAACAGCUUCAGGAGGUAAGAGAACAUUGGAAAGUCCUCAAACGUUUUCAUGAAGAUACAAAGAACAAGAGAGACAUUUUGGAUGAAAUACUACAAAAUAAUGAAACAAAGUUUCAUUUGAAUGGAUCAUCUGUUCAAUUACAAAUUCCAGAGAUGUUGACCACCAAGUACAGAGACACCAUUCUAAUGAGAGAUAUCAAGAACACAUAUGAGGGAGGAAAACUAAAUAUGUUAAGUUUGGUUCAAUUAUCAAAUCUUGCUCUGUAUGACCUCAAAGAGAAGAUCAAACUUGAUGGUACCCCAGAUUUUGAGCAUUAUAUUCCCACUGUUAAAUCUGAAGCUCGAUCACAUGGUAGUUAUCUCUUGCAAGCUCAAGCUUUAAGAGCUACUUUGAUGAAUGAGUUCAUACCAGAGAUCAAGAAAUCAAUUGAUUUGCUCAAAGAAGAGUGCUACCUUUAUUUGGAGGAUGUAUCUCAUAACUCUUUUGUGGCCCUUGAUUCUUAUGACUUUGGUCUUGGUUUAGUGCCGGCAACUCCUUCUCCUGAGCACAAAACAUCUGACCAACUGAAACCAAGCUCUGAUAAUCUAUCUCCUCAGUUAUCAUUAAGGAAGACUCCAAAGACCCAAGCCACACCAGAUGUGAUUGAAAGUUUAACAACAAGUGUAAAGGAAUUAGCUUUGAAGGAUGAAACAGUGGCUUGGAAUUGUGAUGACGUGAAUGAAAGAUUUAUGCCAGUGAAUGAUUCCUUGAAGCAAAAGAUUUUCACAUCAAAAAUACCAAAACCAUUGUACAGACAACUUAGUAAAACACCUGUUGAGAAAAAUGAUCGAAAGACUACUGUGAGACGCAGGUCUUUUACCACAGCUAAAAAAACAAAACAAAAGAGAAAGAGUUUGGAUCCUGGAGAUUUGAUUGACAUACAAGGUGCCUUGCAUAGUUUAGAUGGGGAACCAGAUUUUUUGUCUCGAGAAUUUACUGAUGACAAUUUGUCAAACUUAAAAGCUAGACUUGAUCAAGCAAGGACGCCAUUGACUUCUGAACUCAAAUCUACAUCUAAAGGACAUCGUACACCUGCAAGAACCAUUUUAGCAGAGAAAAUUGCUGAAGCCGUAUUUUGUGAUGCAGUUACUACUUUUAAAGGAUCUUGCAGCUCAUCUGAUGAAACUACUCCCAAGGAGUUUGCAAUUGUGGACCCUCUUGGAAAUUUAGCUCAAGAAGCAUUCAAGUGUAAGGAUGUUAUUGCCAGAUCUCCAAUUAAAGAACAGGACUCUUUUUCAGGACAGUCAAGUGAUAAGAAAAAUUUGGUUCGACCACAAACUUCUGAUUUGUUGAACUCUACUCCACAAUCAAUACCAAAGAGUCUGGGGAAUCAGUCUGCCACUGAAAGUUUUCAAGAGUUGUCAAAAAAGGCUUAUGUGCCACAUUCUAAAGGUUUUCUAACUCCAGCAAUGUUCUCCAUGGCAAAUUUUACCUAUGAUGAAACACCACUUGAAAACAUUAGACCACCAGUUGAUUUUAACAUGGACUCUGUUAGAAGUGAAAGACAAGAAAUUGAAAAAUCUAGAAUUUUAUUUCAUUUAGAUACUCCUACCACAAAUAUCCCUUUGGCUAAAGAAUUUAAACUUGACAUUUCUAGUAGUGAAGCGACAACUGACAAUCAUAAUAGGGAGUUUCAACUUAUUCCUGUGAACAUUGAUGAUCUAUUGGGAAAUGAUGAUUAUUUAUCCCCUAAUGUACAUGACAAAAAGAGCGGUAAGAAUUUUUGAAGUCUUCCACUUAUUUUGUGUUAUAUUUUAGCGUCACAGUAUUUUAUUAGGAAUCUGGGCUUGAAAUUAUAAUAUAAGCCUUAUAAAUAUAUAUAUAUAUAUAUAUUGCAGUAUAGCAAAUACAUGUGCAAAAUGUGAUGCUUAACAAACAUUGUAGUCAUUUAUAAAUUAUAACAUAGAUUUGGACUACAGAAAUAUUUUCAUUAUGCAUGCAAUCGACAUGUAACUCUUUAAUUUUUUCCCCUCAGUUCAAAUUCGGCUGUUAGCAAUCUGUGAUCAGAAAGUGUAAAUUCAGAAGGCCAUUCCUGAAAAAAUAUACUAUUUGAAUAACGACA